CUCGAGCUGACGCGGCGAUGCCGGCGUCGCGUGCGAGUCGCCGAGCUCGUGGCAGUGGACUCCUUUGGCGCCAUUCGGACCGGCGUCGACUCAGCAGCCAGCGUAGACCGUAAGACGCCGCUGUUUGCAGGCUAUGUGGAGGCUCUGUACGCACGCAACGCAUGGCUGGCAGUGCGCGUGGAUAUCUGGACGAGCAGAGACGUUUGUCUUCGCCAAGUCAAGUCUUCGAGUGUGUAUCUGCAACAAAACGAAAAUGAAGUGGCCGUUGACGUGGCAAAUAGAAGUGAACUGAAAGCGUUGCAAAAAGUUGAAAAACUCGAUCUGAAUGUGGCGGACCUCGGUGAACUGCCAACAUUGACUGGCGACGAGUUGACAAAAGUGUUGGAAGAUGUGGUCAAGCAAUUGGUUGACGCAUUCCGGGAACAGCAAGUGCAGACGCUGCAGUCUGUAACGUCGCAGAGGGCGAAGUUCGAGUACGAAAUGUUGCAACAUCAUUCUGAACUGGAGAUUCUGGUUCUGCGAAGUGAAUUGAUUGGCAAUUACGUGCUGUUUGCGUUGCCAUUGCUUGGAGAAAAACCUCAAUGGGACCCAAAACGCUUGAUUGAGGCAGAGGAUCUAGACUCAGUGUACAUACCUGACGGCUUCCAUGCCCCGAAUUUCUCCGCCACAACCGACAGAUUGACAAUUUUCAUUGGAUAUCCUAUUGAUGAAGAGAGAAACGCUGAUGGUGUAUGGCCACUCUUUGUUGAAUGGCCAUCUAGAAUGCUGCUGUCCAGUCAAGUGACGCAAGCCCCGCUGUCCAGUAAAGCGCAAUCUUCGGUAGAGCUCGUUGCCUCGUGCAAAAAGAUGUUUUUGCAACAGUGGAGGAGGCGCAAAGAUUUUAUUGCAGAGCUUCGUCGCCACGUCAUCGUGUUGGAGUACGAUGCGGUGGACUUCUCGCAGGUAUUUUUCAUGCUGCAGGAGCAGUUAAAUGACCAAGCGCCACUACGAAUUUUGGUAUUGCGACUGCAAUUUACUGCGGCGUUCUUCCUCACAAACUGCAUGAGUGACUUGCAAGUGAAUUUACUUGACGGCGAAGCAGACACAGCCCCCGUUGCUGUAACGCUGGCUGCCUCUACUUCUCCCCCCAGCCCCGAUGCUACUGCUGACAGCCAAGCGUGUGUUAUUCAAUUUCUGGAAUCCACGCGAAUGAGUUUGCUUCGACGUUUUUACGGGAAUUGAGUCCAAACUGUGACGGAUGUUGUAAUCGUAGAGCAGAGAUAUGAAUGUAUAAAGCGUCGCCG